AUGCAUUUCUCUAUACUUGCAACAGCAGUGUCUCUGCUGUGUGCGAGCGCUACGGCGUUCACACCAGCAUCAACCUCGGGAACAGACAAGCUCAAUGAUCAUGGUAUGACCAAGUUGAAGACGUACCUCCACAAGAACCGUGGGCAAAACACUUGCAACUUGGACACAGCGGUCAAGCGUCAGGAAUGGAGCACUCUCUCGAAUGCCAACAAGAAAAAGUACAUCAAUGCUGUUCUGUGUCUCCAAUCCAAACCAGCAAAGAGCGGCAGCAUUGCUCCUGGCGCAAAAUCACGAUACGAUGACUUCCUCGCUACUCACAUCAACCAAACAUUGACUAUCCAUGGUACUGGCAACUUCCUCAGCUGGCACCGCUACUACACAUACACUUUCGAGGAAGCCCUUCGCAAUGAAUGCGGCUACAGAGGCUAUCUUCCCUAUGCCAACUGGGGAAAGUACGCUGAAGAUCUGCUGAAUUCACCAAUCUUUGAUGGAAGUGCUUACUCCAUCUCUGGAAAUGGCGAGUACAGAAACUACUCUGGUGCUUUUAUUCCCAGUGAAGCUACGCCCUUGAUCCAUCUCCCUGCAGGUUCUGGAGGUGGUUGCGUUACGACUGGACCGUUCAAAGAUAUGACAGUGAACCUUGGUCCUGUGGCCCCUGUCUUCACAGACGUUCCUCCUAAUCCUCGUCCUGAUGGCUUGGGCUACAACCCUCGCUGUUUACGUCGUGAUGUCGGCGCUUAUGCUGCCAGUAUCGCCUCUACGGAUGCUAACAGCACCGACUUGAUCAGACAGAAUUCCUACAUUGGCGACUUCCAAACGGUCAUGCAAGGCGAUUUCGCAGCAGGGCUGUUAGGUGUCCACACAGCUGGCCAUUAUUUCGCUGGCGGCGAUGGUGGAGGCGAUAUUUUCGUCUCUCCAUCAGAUCCAUGGUUUUGGCUUCACCAUGCACAGAUUGAUCGUACCUGGUGGAUCUGGCAGAACCAGGACCCAGCGAGCCGCAGCACCGCCAAGGGCAACAACUCUUUGGCAGGAACCAUCACUCUGAACAACCUUCCUCCUUCAAGGAAUACCAGACUGGAUGAUGUGAUUGAUUUGGGUGUCAAUGCAAAGAGUAUCUUGGUCGAGGAUGUGCUUAGUACCACCUCUGGUCCGUUCUGUUAUGUUUAUGUCUGA